UAGUUUUGAAAUUCAAGUUAUAAAAACGUGAAAAUAAAAAUUAUCGUAUUAGUAAAACGUUUUGGAAAAAGAAUAAGGUAUAACCUAAAAAGAAUUGAAUUUGUCAACAUAUACGAGACUGACAGCAAAUACGCUAAAGUGAAUAGAGAAGAAGCAUAUAUAAUACAAUAUACAUACCUAUAAGCGCAAAAGAGACAAUUGGUAUGUUUACAUUUUAAACGAAUACAAAAGUAAUUUUGUCCGUCGUCGUGGUAGUCAAUUUAUAAAACCGAAAUCGUUGUCGUUGUCCAACGAGGCGACUUCGAAUAGAAAUUUUUGCAUUAAAAUUUUUCUUCGUGCGUUAAUCAUAAAAGUGUGUUUAACAAAACAAAUUUUAAUAUAUAUAUAUUUAUGAGAAAUAUAUAGUAAAGAAAUUCACAAAUGAUAUGAGAAUCUUAAAAAAAUUAUAUUUAGAAUCUAAGAAAAAUUGUGUGAAAAUGUUUUGACGCUGAUUUCUCGGGCGCAAACAAAGGAAAAUAAAACAUUUUUCUUUGGCUGCCUUGCCUCAGCUUAUUUUUUAUCAAACACAAUUUUGUGUCAAAAAAAAUAACAAAUGUUUAUAUAUAAUUAAAAACGGAGUUUUAUUGCACUGAAGUACGGAAUUUCAUAAAAGAAAUAAAUCAACUUUAUAAUUAAAUCAUAUACGCAUUGAAAUCAACUGGAAUAGAAAAAGUCAACAAACAACAAAUCGUUGUUAAAAAAUUUGAAGAUAAACCAAAUUUACUGGCAAAUUAAGAAGAAAGGAAAAAAGGAAGAAAGAAACGACGACAUACACACGAAAAAUGGAAUUGCGUGUAGGUAACAAAUAUCGAUUGGGCCGUAAAAUUGGGUCAGGUUCGUUUGGUGAUAUAUACUUGGGUACAACCAUUAAUACCGGUGAAGAAGUUGCUAUUAAAUUAGAAUGCAUACGUACCAAGCAUCCACAAUUGCAUAUCGAGUCCAAAUUCUACAAAACAAUGCAAGGUGGCAUUGGUAUACCACGUAUAAUCUGGUGUGGCUCUGAAGGUGAUUACAAUGUAAUGGUUAUGGAAUUGCUUGGUCCUUCUUUGGAAGAUUUGUUCAACUUUUGCUCACGCCACUUUUCAUUAAAAACUGUGCUACUGCUAGCUGAUCAGAUGAUAUCACGUAUUGACUAUAUACACUCACGUGAUUUUAUACAUCGUGACAUAAAACCUGAUAACUUUCUUAUGGGCUUGGGCAAGAAGGGCAAUCUCGUGUACAUCAUUGAUUUCGGUUUAGCGAAAAAGUUUCGUGAUGCGCGUUCAUUAAAGCACAUACCAUAUCGGGAAAAUAAAAAUCUCACCGGCACAGCACGCUAUGCAUCUAUAAAUACACAUUUGGGUAUCGAGCAAUCUCGACGUGACGAUCUGGAAUCGCUUGGUUAUGUGCUGAUGUAUUUUAAUUUAGGCGCUCUACCUUGGCAGGGUCUAAAAGCAGCCAAUAAACGUCAAAAAUAUGAGCGUAUAUCAGAAAAGAAGCUAUCCACAACGAUACUGUCAUUGUGUAAAGGUUUUCCAAGUGAAUUUGUGAAUUAUUUGAAUUUCUGCCGACAAAUGCAUUUUGAACAACGUCCUGAUUAUUGUUAUUUGCGUAAAUUAUUCCGCAAUCUAUUUCAUCGCCUUGGGUUCACAUAUGAUUAUGUAUUUGACUGGAAUUUACUUAAAUUCGGUGGACCACGCAAUCCUCAAGCAAUACAACAACAACAAGAUGGGGAUGGCCAACAACAAGAAGCAACUGCUGCCCAACAACAUCAACAUAGUUCGAAACAAUUGACCGGUGGUGUGGCAGCAGUGGGUGGCGUCCAAAUGAUGGGCUCCGGUGCUGGUCAAUCGAUGGUAAACUCCAAUGCAGCAAUUGUUGGCAGUAGCUCGCAGAUGGUGGUUGGUGGAAAUGGCGGUAUGACAAUGGACGAUUCAAUGGCUGCAACAAAUUCAUCGCGCCCACCUUAUGACACACCAGAAAGACGUCCUUCGGUGCGUAUGCGUCCCGGUGGACCUGGUGGCGGCGUUAUGAAUGACGUGCGAAAUGCAAAAUAAUAUUUUGUGGUGUAAUUUUUGUUUACGAAUACAAUAGUUUCUAUAUUUAAAAUUAGCAAGUCGGUCGUCGUCUUCAUGUAGUUUUUAAAUUGCUAGAUUUAUAAAUUUUAUAUUCUCAUUUCAUUUACAUAUAUCGUAACGUUAAUGUUAUUUUGUAUGUUAGCAAUAAAUACAUAAAAAAAACACAUUAACGUGCGUAGCGUUAUCAUCUCUUUGUCAUUAAUUAAUUAAUAUU